AUGGGUGGACCGGGAGAGAUCGUCCAGAGGUUCGGGCGAGCGAUCGAGGCGAUCAUCCGCGAGGACCGCGCGGAUGCCGAGGUCGCCGGGGACGCGGCGCUCAUCCCUGACGUCCUCCCGCCGCGCGCCGCGGUGACGAUCGACCCGGAGCACGCGCUCGAACGCGCCGAGGGGAUCACCGCGAAGGAGUUCAAGCGCAACUAUUUCAAUGCCGAUAAGCCCGUGUGCCUCGGCAACCUCGGCGGGUCGUGGCCGGCGCUGGCGAAGUGGCGCGACCUCCGUUGGCUGGCUCGCGAGCACGGUCACCGAAACGUCCCGCUCGAGGUUGGCGCCUACGACGACGCGGCGAACUGGAAGGAGGAGGUGAUGCUCCUCUCGUCGUUCAUAGACGAGUACUUGAUGCCGGGACUGAAAAAGGAGCUCGCGGGCGAGGACCAAGGACGCGAAGGAAGGCGGAUAGCGUACCUCGCGCAGCACCAACUCUUCGAGCAGUUACCCGGUUUGCUCGGCGACUUCGACCCGCCGCCGGUGUGCGACGUCGCGGGCGGGGUGCAGCGAGUGAACGCCUGGAUAGGCACCGCCGGAACCGUCACGCCGUGCCAUUUCGACAGCUACGAUAACUUGCUGGGACAGGUGGCUGGGUACAAGUUCGUGCGGCUGUACUCGGAGGACGACUCGCCGUUUUUGUACCGGCACCAGGGCGCACGCGACGCUCAGGGGAACAUAUCGCGCGUGGACGUGGAGCGCCCCGACCUCGAGCGGUUCCCGCUGUUUGCCAAGGCGACGCACAUGGACGUGGUGCUCGGUCCCGGGGAGUUCAUAUACAUCCCCGCCAGGUGCUGGCACUACGUCAGGGCGUUAACCACCAGCGUGUCGCUCAACUUCCUGUUCUAG